AUGCGCAACAUCAUCGAUACUAAUUAUCAAUCGUGCUUAACGAAGACAGAAGCGUAUAUGGAAUCACUGGCUAAUCAGUCAAAAAUUAAAGAAAAUCUCAGCGAUCGCCCUCAAACACCAAAAUCGGGAAAACUUGAAUCUACUGGAAGUGAGAAAAAUGUUAAAACUGUUGAAAUCAAGCUUCAUGAAGAUCCUGAUCCCGUGAAAGAGUUUAAAAAAAUUCCUUCCAUUGAUGAAUUGAAUGACAUGGAUUCUCUGAGUAGAUACGAGUACAUUAUAGAAGGUAUCAGCUUGAUGCAAAAAAUGAUGUCUCGAUUGGCUUCUAAUCCUCCAAAGCAAAAGUCUAAAGAAAAAGGCGGUAAAAGCCCAAGAAAUCUUGAUGGCACUUUUAAUCUGAGCUUAGAUCUUGUAUCUGAAGCUGUUGAAGAAAGACUCUCAAUGCCAGAUUUCAAGGCUGGAUUCGUUUUACAAACCUUAAAUAAUAAAUUUGUAAAGAGUGAACCCGACACGUUGUCUAUGAUUUUGAAAAUUAUUGGCAACGUGGAAUACUUCAUGUUUAUUAGCUUCUACAAUGACAUGGAGAUGUACAAUGCUCGGAACGACGAGUUGAUUCGACAAAAGUUGGAUAAAGCGAGAAAGGUUCUUCUGGAAAAGCAAGAGGCCAUGGAAGAGAUGUCCCAGUCGGAGUUCGAAAAUCUUCCCGAAGAAGAUAAAGAGAUUUAUGCAAGAACAAUCUUGAUGGCAAAAAAGCAAGCAGCCUUAAUAAGAAAGACAGAAUAUCAGCAAAAACUAUUUGACGCAAGGAGGAAAAAAGUGGCUUUAACAACAAGCAUUAAAAAAAAACCACUAAAGGGCACUAAAAGUAAAAUCCUUCGAACUGCGAGCCCAGAGAAAUCCGUCGAAGCCAAGACAACUUCCGGAAGAAAAACUACUGCCGAUAAAAAAAGGGGCAGUAAAGAAAGUGCAAAACGAGGGAAAGAAAUAGUACCCGCCGAAUUUUUACAAAUCGUCUCAGCAAUGGACGAUUACCACGCGAGUUUGAAUACUAUCAAUUCAAUCCUCCACGGUUGGGAUCCCGUGAAAAAGAUAUUACACGAAACACCUACCGGAAAAAGCAAAUCUACAAAAGGUGCAAAAGAUAAGGACAAACACCCGACGAAUUUAUUACAAGAGGAUGAAAGAAACAAAUUCUACAUUUGGUACGUUAUGCCAAGAGAUCCUUGGGAUAACAAAAUGAUUGAUGCAGUAAUAACUCAGAUGGCCAAAAAUGAUUUGGCAAAAAAGGCAUUACCCAGUGAAACUAUUGUUACCCUGGAUCUUGAGCCGAAAGCGUAUUCCGUUCUUACACCGAAAAGCGUUCGCCCCAGUGAACUAUUAACUACAGAUGUUUACGACAUCAUGUCAAUGCGACUUCAGGAAGAGGAGUCAACGUCGAAAUCAGCUGAGAUGAGCAUCUCAAGUAUCCCAGAAAGUCAGAAAGAGACAAUGUCGAGUCAAUCUGGAAACUUUGUGACCAAAGUUACUGACUAUUCAAGUACCGAUGUCACAAACACUUUCGUGUCGAAUUUAAUGCUUGAGGAAGCACUAAAACCGCGAUGGAUUUUGCAACCUAAUGAAGUUCAACUUUUCAAGAUGCGUUUUUCGCCCAAAAAGGUCGGCGUCUAUCAACAGGAAUUUGCAGUGACGAUAAUCGACAGUCCUGAUACGACUUAUCGUCUUAAGGUUCACGGGAUCUCCGAUAUCCCUAGAAUUAUCAUGGAUCCCGCCCUAGUAUUUCCUAAAGUCGAAGACACGAAGAUCGACGAAUCAAACGACCCAACGUACUUCCUUGACACUGGAAUAUUUGAUUUUGGAUCUUUACUGAUACAAAGAAAAGAAUAUAAAAAGUUAAUUCACCUCCGUGAAACUCAGUGCACAUUCUUCAAUAAUUCUACGAUGACUGCUGUAGUGUCAUUUUCAUUGCAACAUGAGAAUUCGGAUCAUCGCGCCUUCGAAUCACAACCCACAGAAUUGCGAAUUCCUCCCGACAUGUCUGGAGAUAUCCAAAUAUGGGGUGGAGCUUCAAAACUGGGUCCCAAUCUUGGAAGGUUACUUAUCUGCAUUAAAAACAAUCCAAAAGUGGAAAUUAUCGAGCUACGAAGUUACGGUACCAAAGUCGACGUGGAGCUUGAAGGGAAAGAAAUUGAAUUCGACAAAAUCCUGUUAUACAGGAAAGAGACACGCAAUUUAGUCCUGCGGAACAAAUCCGCAAUUCCAGUUUUCUGGCGUAUUUAUUCUGAAAAUCCAAUGGACACGCAGAUAACUUGUUCGGAAAUGAAUGGACAACUUAAACCGUGGUCUGAGAGUACAAUCGAUUUCACUUACAACGCCAAAGUGGUUGGCACGAUAGAGAAGAUAACGAUGAUAUUUCUGGUACUCCUCCAAGAAGAAGAUACCGAGCCUUUAUUCAUGGACACGAUCACUAUAUCCGGCGAAACGUACGACGUUGCAGUAGAUGUCGAUUCCGCAAAUCCCAUAAAUCUGAAAUGUGUGAAAGUCGGGUCAACGACUAGCGAAACCUUCACUGUAAAAAACCGAGGUCUCUACGAAGUUAAAUUCAUAAUUCGCCUAGAGAAGGAUGAAAAAAUUGCCAAGAUCCAUCCUAAUUUGCCAGAGAACUUGAAAGAGGAUUUUACGAUUCGUCCUGUCGCCGGCUCUGUACUUCCACAGAAGAGUUGUCAAGUACACGUGAUUUUCACACCUCGACAUGAGAUGACGCUUACAGAAGCACCUCUACUGAAAUGUCACUUACUGGAUACGAAUAAGGAUAUCGCAGCAAUUGCUGAAUUUCCCCUGACAGUUUCGCUUGUAUCAUAUUACACGAGAUUUCGUCUUCUGCCGUUUCCACUAUUAGACUUCGGUACCGUUGGCUUGUGCACUAAGAAAACUAUGUGCCUAAACAUAGAAAAUGUCGGGAAAUUUCCAUUUAAAUACAUGAUUUUGUCAAACCGUUCCGAUACACCUGUGUCGCAGUUAAAGCACUCGAGAAAGAAAACCGAGAAAAAAGAUGGAACAGCCCCGAAAACGGAUCGAAAAUCUCCAAGAACCGAGAAGACUACAGCGAAAUCAUCGGAUGACAUGGUCCUUAAAAUGGGACCUUUCACGUUCUCAAAAUCCGGAGGAGAAAUCGAAGUAGGCACGACCGAGACUGUAACAAUCGAUUGCUAUGCAGAAAUUUCUGGUCUCUUGGAAGAAGAAAUUCGAGUUUUAGUUCCUGAUAGCGUGCCCCAGGACAGAAAUGGGAAAAACAUAAUUCUCAAAGUGAACAGCUGCCUGCCAAAACUAGAAUUCGAAGACCUGGAUACGAUGUUCCAAGAGAGCCACAUUGUCGACGAUAUUCAAGACUUUCACUGUCCAAAAGAGGCAACAGGACACGUUGUCCUGGCUAGGCAAGAAAACUGCCUUUACUUCCGAAACGUCUGUGUGCUCAAAACGCAAACCACUUGCUUUAAACUUCAUAAUCCCGGAGUGGUUCUAGUAGACGUAGAAGCGAAAAUCCGAUAUGAGAAUCCAUUGACAAAGGAUUCCUUUUUUCGCGUUUUUACUGUGGAACCCACCAGAGAGUGUAUUCCUCCAAUGAGCAGUAAAUCCUUCGCUAUCUCUUUCAAGCCGUCUAUAAUACAAACUUACACCGCGGUACUCGAAGUCACCCUCGACCUGCCACUAUCUCUGAGGAGUGAUGGACUUUCAAUCAAACUCGUAGGAGAAAGCUGCGUUCCAGAAAUUACAUUAAUAGAACCAUGCCUACCAUCAAGAUCGGGAAGAGCUACGAUAAAUUUUGGAAGAACUCUCCUAGACGAUACAGGACACAAAAGUUUGUGCUUUGAAAAUGUCGGUACCCUCGAGACCAAAGUCAUCGUAGAGAUUUCCGAUGAUCCAAAUUAUCUCUUCUACUUCGAACCACACGCGGAGUCCAAACACCUGCUUUGCAUGUGGGAUUACCAUGACGGCGAAGAAUCAAAUGACCGGUGUACAGUUUGUCGCCUUACUCCUGGUGACGUGGCCAGUUUCGAUAUUAUUUUCCAGCCAUCGGAUGUUGGAAAAUGCGAAGGACAAAUACGUCUCGCCAUUGUGGACAAUCCUUACGAAAAUAUAAUAAUUGAUCUCGAUGGAGAAUGCUAUCUUGAGACGAUCAUCUUCCAAGGAUUACAACUCGCUGAGAAGGACAAAGUGAGUCGAAAAGACAGUACUUUGGAAAGUGGUCAAAAAAUGCGCAAGCUCAGUGCGAAGAAUAUCAAAACCGGGACUCCUUCUAGACGUACAUCCGCAAUUCUUGCCGGAGUAGUCCUCGCGUACAAGCUAGACUACGGCACUUGUUUCCUAAACAAGAUGAAGAGAAUUAGCUUCAAAAUCAUCAACAAAUCCGAUUAUCAGUAUUUCCGCUUUGAGUGGAGUUCGCAUCCCAAUGUGGUAUUUGUGCCAUCGAUUGGUCACCUCGAACACAAGGGAACUAAAGAAAUAGUUGCAACGUUCCUAGCUUCGGAGCCUAUGAUCCUCACUCAAGUUAUGCUAGAUUGUGUCAUUAAUGAGAUCACAUUAUCGGGAUCCGUGGACCAAAUGUUUUGGGACGACAGACAAACUAGUGUACAAUGGAUUAAGUCAAAUUCUGGAUCUUUUAGUCAAGGAAGUUCUGAACACGUCCUGUCAAAGAAAGUCGUCGAACCUUCAGACGAACCAGAACAUACUCUCAUUCCAGGCACGACUCGAAUUAUCCAGCUGCAAUUAUUUGCUGUUGCUGCAUAUUCUGAGUAUUCUUGCUCGGAGAAAGAAAUCCGUUUUGAUGACACAUUAAUGCUCCAGUCACAAUCCCGUAGCUUUAAAUUAAACAAUCCGGGAACUGUGGAGCUGAGGUACUCCUGGAACCUGAGUAUGGAUGAGCAAUAUCCAAAACGUCUAAGUGACCCAGCAAUGAAAUCAUUCCUCAAUUCGAGAUCCAGUGAAGACUUGACAUCAAGACCUAGUUCCAGGUCCUCGAAAGGAGUUCUUUACCCUCUCGAUCACAAUUGUCAAGAAGACGGAUUUUAUGCUACCAGGAAUAUCUGUGAUAACAACACUCACAGUCACAAAGUGACAGAUCUUUUCAGCAGCACUGCAGCCAGAACGAAUAGAAGUACCGAUACCUGGCUCGAAAGUGAUCAAUUGCCGUUUCACAUUGAACCAGAAAAUGGAGUAAUUCUUCCUGGAGGAUCCAUUGAAUGUAUCUUGACAUUUUACCCUGUGGAUGUUUUUGAAUACAAAGCUUAUCUCGACUGCAAGAUCGAGAACCUGAAUCCUGACCUGGACUCGCCGGAGAUAACUAUCACAGGAAGAAGUCUUCUUCCUUAUUGUCACUUUGAUCUAUCCGAGAGCAAUUAUUUGACCAGUGGAAGAAGAGAUCCUGCUAUGCCUGGACCAAGAAUUGCUGAAGAGGAUGAAGAUGUUCUUCCCUCGACCACCAGAGUUUUGGAAUUCAACGUGAUUGGAAUUGGCGAACAUCACGUCAAAAAAUUCAAUUUGAUCAACCCAACUGCGGAGGAUUACCGAUUCUCCUGGAUUGACAUUACUCGAAAUAAUCGCAGCGAAGUAUCGUACUUUCAUUGCGUUUUUCCCGAAGGAAUAGCCAAACGUGGAAAAUAUACGGAACAGGAGUUCACAUUUCUGGCAGAUGAUGUCGGAACCUUCGAAUCCUUUUGGCUGUUCGCCGUUGAUAAGUAUCAACUCGAAACUCUAUUUCUGCUUGUUGGUAUCGUCAAGGAACCGUCAGUUUGCGUUUUAACUACCCAUUUGAAAAUGAAACCCACUACUUUAGGCGUAAAAACGUAUGAGGAUAUGAUCCUUUGUAAUAAUGAAGAGUUCCCCCUACCCUUUAAUAUCAUCCCCGACUCCCUCUUUUCUCAAGGGCGAUAUCAAUGUUUAAAGAUCGAACCAAAAUCCGGAGUAUUAGAACCAAAUUCGAAAUGUACAUUACGAGUUGAAUUCGUACCAACCCUUCCUGGAGAAUGGGAAUUUCCAGUAAAAUGUCGCGUUAAAAAAAUGAAAAACUUCUUGACUGUCUUAAUCACCACGACUACUUACAAAUUAGUACCUGUCAUCACAUACGUGAAUACUAAAGAGAAAUCGACGAUGAUACAACACGAUCGGGAUAAUGUAAUCGAUUUUGGGAAGCUGAUGAUAGAAGUUCCAGUGAGCUAUAAAUUUAUCAUUGAAAACUCCGGAGAAAUAUCAUUUCGCUAUUUCUGGGAUCUUAGAGAGACCCUUGAAGGGAUGGAUAAAAAUGUGUACACCAUUUUUGUAUCGGAAAUGGAGGACGAAGUCCACGUAAAAUCUCAAUCCGUUUGCCAUCUGGUUCUGAACGUUUUUCAGAAAACAGUAAUAAAAAAUCACUUGAUCACGAUAAAGAUUGAUCGAGGCCCGACGUAUCGAUUACUCUUAAAGGCGACGACAAAACGAUCUUUUUUCGAUCUCAGCUUCGACCACUUUGAUUUCGGUCCUCGAUACAUCCAAAAAGAUAACGUAGCGCCCUAUCGUGUAGAACUUCAGCUUACAAACUCCGAGAAGUUGCCGUGCAUUGUCGAGUGUAAGCUCGAGGAUGUACCGCAUUUUUCGGUGGAAUUGGACCGUCUCUCCCAAGCUGUUGGUUCUAAAUCAUCAAUAAUCUUUCCUAUCAUUUUCCGACCAUUAGAAUUAAAACGUUAUACCGAGACAUUGACGUUUGUAAUCAAUUCCUCGAUAGAGAAGUCGAUCACAGUCACAGGAGAAGGAAUUCUGUACAAGAUUCACUUGGCGAACUCGCGUGACAAGUCCAUCGAUUUCGGAAACAUUCCAGUUGGGAAAUCUGUUACGAGAAAAAUCGCGGUGAUAAAUUCUGGUCGUGCUCCGGUUAAACUAAUGUUCAACCUCUUGAACAACCUGCCUCGUUACGAUUUCUACGAAGAAAAAAAUCAACCUUGCAGCGCUUUAAUGAGCACCAAUGAAAAAUCAAAGAAAUCAAACGCCCUUUUGUAUCCGAAUAAGCAAAUCGAGAUCACCCUAAAAUUUUCUCCCAAGAAGCGAAUGAAGCCAUUCAUUGAAAAAUUUGCUGUUCAACUGGACUCGACAAUUAUGCCUCUCUCAAUUAUACGUGGCAGCUGUAUAGGAGCUGAAUUUCAAUUGAAUAGAAAUUAUUUAUCUUUUGGGGUCGUGGUUGAAGGCUGCGCUUGUGAAACAAAAUUAAUGCUGUUAAACCCUGGCGAUGUGGGAGCCAGGUUCAAGUGGAAUGUCAGUAAAUUGCAGCCACAUUUUAGUUUGACACCUCUGACAGGUUACUGCUCUCCUGGCAUGGACAUUACUUUUAUCGUUAUCUUCAAACCAGCCCAUCAAGGAACCAUCCUAGAAGGCGAAGCUACAAUUGAAGUCGAGAAAUACAGAAACUUUGGCGUAAAGAUGACAGGAAGUUGCUCCAAAUUACCGGAACCAGUCGAUAAGAUAACUCUUGUUGUUCCCGUGCGCAAACAAAUUACGAAACAAAUUAGCAUCUCUAACGAUUCAGUUCGCACCUGGGAAGUGGAAGUCGUCAUAACUGGAGACUACUUUUCCGGGGAAAAUAUCAUAGAAAUUCCAGCGAAGAAAACAAGCCUGUAUGCGGUUACUUAUGCUCCACUCGUGAUGAACAACGAGAGCGAUCCACAUAAAGGAUCGAUACUGUUCAAGCUGCCUGAAGGUAAAACUCCGAUUCUUUUUACCCUCAUUGGUAUCAGUCAGCAACCAGAACCUAAUGACAAGAUCAAUCGACAAAUCCCUGCUACCACUAAGUACACGGAAUUGAUGCCAGUUUAUAAUUGGUUGAACCGGCAGCAGCAAUUUGACUGUAAAAUAGAAUCGUUGAGUGAUUAUAUACACCUUAAUAUCGUUAAAAAUGUCAUUUUUUAGGACCAGCCAAUUUACACCUUCACUGGAAACAAUCGACUGGAUGUGCCUGCUAAAGCACACCGUGAUUAUCGUGCUUCAUUUCUCUGCUACAAAGAGGCAAACUUCCACUUCAAAGUGACAUUUACGAAUUCGGAGGGCGAAUACCAAUAUUACGACGUUCAGUAUAAAGUGACUAAACCUGAAAUACUAGAGUCAAUUAAAUUGACGACGACUAUUCGAACACCAGUGUGUCAUUUAUUGCACCUGUCCAAUCCAUUGACCGAACGAUCAGUGUCAUAUACUGCGAAUUGUCGCAACGACGACAUCACGAUUCACGGUGUACCAAAGAUUUUGCCUCCCAUGUCAAAUGACAGAAUCAAAAUCGAAUUCUUUCCAUUGAUUCCUUCAGAAGAAAUAACCAAGCUGGACAUACAUUCGCCGGAACUUGGAAACUUCCCAUAUGAAUUACGUCUUAAGGCGAAUGCCGCCCCAGCAGAGAAAGCUACACACGUUAAAGCUUUUCUGGGAAGUUCCACAAAUUUCUACAUUCCUAUAAAAAAUCACAGCAAAAAGAUCGCAGACUUCACCGUGAAGUUGGAGGAUCCUUCCUUCACCUGUGACAAGAUGAUAAGCAUUCCAGCUUUCAAGGAAAGCCAUUUAGCCAUUAUUUACGAGCCUUGUGACAUAGAAAAUGUCACGACUGUUAUCACCGUAGCCUCUGAUACCGCAGGUGAAUUUCUACUUCCUAUCAUUGGCACAUACAUUUUGCCUAAGCCACAAGGUCCUUUUAUCAUCAAAUUCGACGAAUCCUGCUCGAUUCCCUUCAAGAACGUCUUCAAAGAUACAAAGACAUUCAACUUUGUCGUGGACGAUCCCCAAGUGUUUGUCCUAAAAACUACUGCUGAAACAAUCGAUUCUAAAAAGAGUGUCAACAUAAUUGUAAACCUUUACAGUAAUGAAUCAAGUAAUGAAGAAAUUUCCUUUGCAACGAAAUAUCCCGUAACUGGAAAACUAAUAGUGUGCUGUACUGAUCCAUUUCUUGCUCACGUUAAUUGGACGUACUACUUAAGAGAGGAUAUUAAUUAAAAUCUUACUAAUUUUCAUGAAUUCAUA